CUGCAGUAUUGAAGUACGAGAACAAUGUCAUGAAUAUCAGACAGUUCAACUGCUCCCCUCAUCCAUACUGGCUUCCAAACUUCAUGGAUGUGUUUACCUGGUCCUUGCCAUUUGUGGGUGAGAAAGUGACAGAGAUGCUGGUAAACGUGCUGAACAUCUGCUCAGAUGAUGAACUGGGGACAGAGGAAGAUGGGUUUGAUGGAGCAACAGCUGCUGCUCGAAAGGAGGUUAUUAGGAACAAGAUACGAGCAAUAGGAAAAAUGGCUAGAGUUUUCUCAGUGUUAAGAGAAGAGAGUGAAAGUGUGCUGACGCUGAAAGGUUUGACUCCAACAGGAAUGCUGCCCAGUGGUGUGCUCUCUGGAGGAAAGCAAACACUGCAAAGCGCUACUGUUGAGGCUAUUGAGGCUGAUGAAGCUAUCAAAGGAUUUUCACCCCAGCAUAAGAUCACUAGCUUCGAAGAGGCCAAAGGCUUAGAUCGAAUUAAUGAGCGAAUGCCUCCGCGCAGAGACGUGCCAUCCGAUGCCAACCUUAACUCCAUCAACAAGGCAAUCUCCACAGAGACUAAUGGCACGGACAGCAACGGCAGUAAUAGCAGCAAUAUUCAGUGACCACUGUCUGGGAGGGGGGUUUGAGCUGCAGGGCGCGAUGGGGUUGCUGCACAUCAGCAGUGGGAUGUUCUUGCCUCUGAUAAUAGCUUACUUGCUCUGGGGGCCAGGUGUUGGAUUCAGUUUACAAAAAUCAUCUAUGAAGAGAUCGUCAACUUUAAUUUGGUGGGGGGUGGGGGUCAGGGAGAAACACCUCCUUUGGAUAUGCCUUUAAAAUGCUUGUAGAAAAAUGAAAGCUCAUGCUGGUAUAUAUUGCAAAGUUAGGGGAAUGAACAUGUUUUCCUACUGCAUUGGGAACGUCUAGAUAUGUUACUGAAAGGCCUUUUAUUAUGUUACAGGACAUGAAAACUUUGUUUAAUUUCUUACUAACUAUUGUACGUUUACAGUUGCAGCACUAAACAUGGACAACAUCGAAACAUUUUUAACAAAAUGUACAAACUAAAUAAGGACUAUUUAUUGAUAAUGUUUUGCUACUCUUGUCAGACAAUGGCUAUGAAAUAAAUUAGGCAGUCUUUAAAAAUAUAGAGAAAAAAAAGAAAAAAAAAUAGAAUGUUGGAAAUUUGUUUAAAAUGCCAAAAAAAUGAGAAAGAGAGAGUGAGAGAGAGCGAGAGAGACAGUUUAAUUUUGUACAGAUUAUGCUUACCUCAGGUUUCUUUAGUGUGCUUCAAUGCCCUUCUUUAAAUAUAACACUUAUCUUACUAAUUUGGCAGCAAUUAUCCUUUUCUUUGUUUAAAAACAAAAAAAAACUGGAAUAAUGAUAACAUUUAUCUUUUUUUGCUGUUUAUAUUUAGGGGGUUUGGUUUGGGAGGUUUUCUGGGUUUUUUUGGUAAAUCAAGUCUUGGUUGUGGCUUGCUGAAUUUAAAUAUUUAUGAGUGGUGCAUUUUUAAGUAUAGUGAACAAGACACCAUAUUAAGUGCAGUGAAAAGCAUCUAUAUUCUGUAAAAAUCUGCCUAUGCAUGUUUUUUAAGAAAAAAAUGGCUGUAUAGGCCUGUAUGGGACUGUAAUGCGCUUAGUGGUCUGACUUAUACUGGAAAUGUAUGUAUACUGGCGUACUUUAUAUUCUCUAAAAGAAAAAUGCUUAAUGCCUUUGAAAUUUUGUAAUCAAAAAAAAAAAGCUUUGAAAAAUCUAAGGGGAGAGUAUUCUUAAAGUUUUUAACAUAAGCUUGUCAGUGCACAUAUAGAUGGGUAGCAUGUUUAGCAAACCUUGUGAAAUUUAAAUAAGUUUGUAGUUACAUGUGAAAUUCUAAAUGCAUGAUAACUGUUAAUGUCAUAAUGGUUUAGUCAUUUUGUUCUGUUCUGUCAUGUGCCACAAUGUGUAAUUUUUUCACUUUUUUCCCUUUGUAUAUCAGUUACGGGUUUCAACUGGUUCAUUCUGAGAAAGAAAAAGAAACAAAAUGAAACAAUCCAUUGAUAUUUUUUAACAAUUGUAUAAGUGCCCAAGUAAUUCACUACAGCCUACAGCCUUGCCUUUGUAAUUUGACUUCGAAAUGUUGGCAAUCAAAGCAUGCACUUGUAACAAUGAAAGAAGCAUUUUAUAUUACUACUCAAUAAAAAUGUGCAUGAACUUAA